UAUUGGUACCCUGCCUGUCCCAAUUCUGCCAACUCUCCCUUAAUCUCUGGUUGUCUGUUGAUCUUUUGCUCUCCUUGCACAUAUCCCAUCUCUUCUGAUUCGAUUGCCCUGUCUCUCCCUCUUCCCAUCCUAUGUAAUCUGGGGAUUUCCUCCUCGCUUUUUCUUUCUCUGUAUUCUUUUUUGCCUUUCUUGAGCCAUUCUGAACGGCAUCUCCUUAUGGCAUCAUUUAACAUAGAUCUAAACGAGUUCAUAUUUAGAAUGUGGAAUGCCAUUUCACAGCGUCUUGGAUAUUUUUCAAACCCUGAAAACAAAAUCGAGCUUCUGAGAGAGGCCAUGCAGCAGCUGGAGGCCAUCCGGAAUGAUAAGAAUAACGAAGUGUCCUCUCUCGAGCUGCAGGGGGAAACGUGCCUCCAGCAGUCGAGGCACUUGCUGGACAGCGUAUCAACCAUCGAAGGGGAGGUGACUAGAAUAGUUCACGACUACGAACAGAGUAGCUGUCUUGGUGGCUGCCCCAUCAAUUUUUUGUGUAUCAACCGGAGGGCCAUCCUCCAGAAGGCAACGGUGGAUGCCCUGAAAGAACGAAUAAAGAAUCUUGAGGUCCUUGCUAUCAGAUUGCCUCCGCCUCCGGUCCAGGAGAUGCCUCACACAUCGGAGCUCCGACGAAGGGAGUCAAAUCUAGACCAGGUUCUCAGAUAUCUCAAUGAUGACAAAGUGGGCAUCAUUGGGAUAUGGGGCAUGGGUGGGGUGGGCAAGACCUCCCUCUUGCACUGCAUCAACAACGUCGAUUUUCUCUCCCUCGAAGAAGGCACCAGCGGCAAUUCAGUUCGAAGCCCUAUGAUCGAUCAUGUGAUCUGGGCAACAGUCUCCAAAGAGUAUACAGUGAAGCAGCUUCAAAAGAUAAUAGCCGACAGGCUGGGGAUUUCUUCGCCGGAUGAUGAACGCAAACAAGCCACUGCAAUCUUCAACCACCUCAAGUGUAGAAACUUCUUGUUGCUGCUGGACGACCUAUGGCAAAAGGUGGAUUUGGAGGCCGUUGGGGUCCCCAUUCCUUCCAGAAGACCCACCGGCCAGCACAAGCAUAAGGUGGUGUUUACCACACGGACGGAGCAGGUGUGUGGCUCCAUGGGAGCCCACGAGAAGAUCAAGAUAAACUGCUUGGAGCCAGAGGACUCAUGGAAGUUGUUCCAGGAUAUGGUCGGCCAAGACACACUCACAAGAAUACCGACGUCGCUCGCAAGGCAAGUGGUCGAGGAGUGCCGCGGAUUGCCCUUGGCUCUCACAAUCAUCGGGAAGGCCAUGUCAACGAGGAAGACUCGCCAAGAGUGGCAAAAUGCCAUCACACUACUGCAGAGCUCAAAGCUUCCUGAGAUCCCAGACAAGGACGAGGACGAGGACAUGCUUCCCAGACUGAAGCUUAGCUAUGAUUCUUUGCCAGAUGAUGCUGUAAGGAAGUGUUUCUUGCUGUGCGCGUUGUGGCCGGAAGAUUUUUUUAUAAAGAAAAUUGAUCUCAUCGAGUGUUGGAUGGGCCAUGGGCUGAUAGAUGUCGGCGGCUUCAACGACAUCAACGAGGCCUACGACGAAGGGCAUACUAUCAUAGGAAAACUAAAAUCCGCUUGUCUGCUAGAGCCUGGUUUGAACGAAGACGAUCAGGUGAAAAUGCAUGAUAUCAUCAGAGACAUGGCACGGUGGAUAGCCUCCGACGGAGGCAAAAAUAAUCAGAAGUUGAUUGUGCAAAGCGGCAGAAGCCGAGCAGAUUUGAAUGUUUGGGCAACGGCUAAGCAUGUCUCUUUAAUCCAAAGUGAGAUCGGAGAAUUCCCUGACGCUCCUCCAGAGUGCCCCAACCUGGUAACCCUCAUGCUCCAAUGGAACCGGUCCUUGAACCUUAUACCUACUAAUUUCUUUAUUUCCUUUCCUGCUUUAACUUACUUGGAUCUGUCCCACAACACCCGAAUCACUGAGCUCCCACAGGAGAUUAGCCGAGUAAAAAAUCUUCAAUACCUCAAUUUGUCAUUCACUCGGAUCACGCGUCUGCCCGAGAGCUUAAGAUGUCUCACAAAAUUGAAAUUCCUUCUUCUGAGAGGUCUACACCGUCUAAAGAUACCACACGGGGUGAUAUCAAACCUAUCGAUGCUAGAGGUGCUCGACCUAAUUAGCAGUACUCGGUAUGAGGAUUGGGCAGAAUUGGCCCGGACUCGAGAAUUGAAAGCUCUCGGAAUCACCGUGGGAACAGUUGAGGCUAUGGAACGGCUCUCCCAACUGCACCAUCUGAUGAUGUGGCGGCUGCUUAUACGCAAGCUACUCGACUUGCGCCAGCCUGAUCACCAGCUGUUCCUAUCGAAUUUCCUCAGCACCCACAGCAUGUCAUCAAGCCUUCAGUUGCUGGUGAUUGCAUCCAAUGAGACCCUGGAGGAGCUGAUAAUGGAAAAGAGGAGUAAGACUGCAGGGCAUGGUGGUGACAUUGUCAAUCGGAACUGGUGCCUUCCGAAGCUGGAGAAAUUGGCGCUAGAAGGUCUCAAAGAAUUAAAGAGAAUCAGUUGGAGGGGGUUGCGUCCUUGGACUUAUUUUCCAGCACUUUCUAUCCUGAAAGUACGUGGCUGCGACAAGCUAAAGAAUGUCACUUGGGUUCUCAAGCUCGAGAACCUAGAGGAGCUUCACUUGGAGAAUUGCAAGGAGAUGGAGCGAUUGAUCGACGAUGCGGAUGAGGCAGAUACCGCGAGCGAUCUGGCCUUUCCGAGCCUCAAGAUGAUCCACUUGUCCAGACUGCCAAAUUUGACCGCCAUCUCUCGCAGUCAGUCCACCUUCCCUUCGUUGGAACUUCUGGAAGUGAGAAAGUGUCCAGCUCUGAGGAGCCUACCUUUCAACUCGAAGACGCCCAAAAACAAAUUAAGAAUAUGGGGUGACCCGGACUGGUGGAAUGGGUUAGACUGGAACGAUGGGGACCUUGAAUCUUCCCUCCAACCCUGUUUCCGGAGUUUCAGUUCCCGUUUGAGACGACGAGUGCAGAGUCAGGCAAAACAUGCACUAGUCUAACUCAAACUUGCAAUGUUGCUGCCGCUGUUGGCGUCCUUUUCUUUUCUUUUGUUCUUUCUUCUUUUUGUCUGCGCGUGCUCCCUGCACCAUUGCACUUUGCAUUCCCGUGUGUGUUUGCUUUCCGUAGUAUUCCGGUGUGUAGCUUUGUGCCUUUUAAAGUCUAUGUUAGCGUAGACCC